GACGACAUUGAUUGAACCCUGCAACUGCGGAUACUACCAUCACUGAUCACUGUCUCGACAGCUCAAACCUCCGCUGGAGCCCGACGAACAGCGAUGCGGGGAUGCCUGACAGCGGCCUGCUUUCUUCCAGUGAGAUACGAAGCUCUUCUUGAGAAGCAGCCGGUGCCCGCCACCGCACUUCUUCUCCCGCUAACGUCUUCCGGAGCCUGGUGCUCACCACGCGCUGGCUGCUUGCUCUCAACUUUCUUCAUAUCGCACCUGGCUGGCCCGGUUCUCUUCUCCAGACCUCUGACACGCCUUUGCCGCGCUUGGCUAGACUGAUUUCGUUUGCUGUAUCUCUGCUGGGCGGAUCUCGUACGAAGGCCGGCUCAAGACCGGUUCUAGGGAGGCAUCACGGCGUGAGACGGUAUCAUCUUUCGCAUAGCGCUCUAGCGGCUGCUGCAGUAAGCAGAAGAGACACCUCCUGCGUCGCGCUCUCAAAGGUGGAUCGAUAGCUCGAGGAUCUGUGGACUGUGCUUGGCUUCUGGCUCCCACCCCGCGUUAUAUGCCUGAGGAAGAUUCCCUGGCGCACCUCUGGCCGGUGUUGCGCGAUGCGGAUGCAUCCUUCUUCAUCUCAUGUGCCGCCACAACACUGGCCCUCUACGAGCACCUCAUCACCAUCCGGCUCGAGGCGCAGCAAAUAUGGAAGCGGGACCCCUCCGGGGCGACGAUGCUUUUCAUCAUGACGCGGUACUUCAUGCUCCUCAGUCGUAUCUUCGUCAUCCUCGGCUUCUACCCCAUCCGCGAUCCGGCAAGGUCAGUAGAUAUGCGCAGCUGCGCGAACGCCAUAACGACUUCUGUUUUGAUUAUUGUACUUUCUGCUAUUGGGGCGAUCCGGGUCUACGCUCUGUGGAACCGCGACUACCGACUGCUGGUCAUCAUCAUGCUCACCGGAAUACUCCCCGCGAUCGCCAAUCUGUUCUUUCGCAGCGCGUCGUCCGCGUAUAUCGUGCCCACGAAGUUUUACUCUUGCCAGUCUGCGCCGACCGCAAUGACGGCGCAAACCUACAAAGCAGUGUCGAUCGCGAUGCGCGUCAUCUCCAUCUUCUCGGACGGCCUAGUGGUGGCCCUGACGUGGAAGAAGACGUUCAGAAUCUACGCGCUCACCCGGAAUGCCAAGCUUCACGCCGACUACUCCGUGCUCAUUCUGCGUGAUGGUACCAUAUAUUUCCUGACAAUAUGCGUCCUCAACCUCGUCGCCAUAGUGUACAUCACCACCACGGGCACAAACCUCCUGAACGACCUCAUCGUAACUCUUAGCGCGAUCCUCAUGGCGCGCUUCCUCCUCAACCUCCGCGACCAGCGCUCGCACCUCGAAGACAAAGCGUGGCCCGUGGACAGCAGCCCGUCGACGCUCACGCUCGCGUUCUCGGCGUCGCCGUCGACAAUACGCUUCCACCCCAGCGGGGUGCUCGACACGAUGGGCGGGGCGAUCAGCAUGGGCUCUCACGAGGACGACAUGGACGGUGACGACGAUCUGGAGGGCGACGGGUCGGACGAGGAUACGCGCUGCGGGGCCGAGUGCGCGAAGAAGGCGUUGGACGAGGAGAAGGUCUGGGUGUAGUCCAUGUCUUCGCAAACGCGGAACACGCGGGCGGGACUGCGGGCGAGGCUGUCAUGUGGGCUUCGUCUGAGCCGAGUUCAUACUGCGAACGUGCAGUAGACGCAGAGUAGGCGCGGGCCAACAUCUAGUAGGUACGCUUGUAUUCGGUACGACGCUUGUAAUCCCGUACAUGUGCCCCUGUUUG